GGGGGCAAGAAAGCACGAAUAGGAAGCCCACGGAAGGGAUAACGACGACGAAGCAAGCUUCCGUGUCCCCUUAGCCCUCCUCUUUGUUCCUUCUAUUAUUCCUUCUCAUCUCCCCCAAUUUAGUCGUGGCCUCGGAUUGUGAAGAUUGAUACCGGAUUCGUUGUCGAGGGCGUGAAGAAAUCGAUAUCAGAUCGGUGUUUUCGGGAUACUUGUGAAGAUUCUGCAUGUGGUUCCAGGGGUAUUUGAAUCCUUCUGCUCCACUGGAUGUGAGGAUCAAUGUUUCUCCUUUUGACAAUUGUUAACAGGGUUAACAUGACUAGAUCAGAUGGAAGUGAAAGGCCUGAAGACAUCUUGUAAGGAACGUGUCUGUUGGCAUCUGAGCAUCAUUAACAGAAUCACAACUACAACAGCUGCAUGUCAAUUGCUUCAUGACAUGUCGUCAUCUAGUACUGUGGGAUUUAUUGGAGCUGCAGUGCAUUAAGCAGGAUUUUUUUCCCUCAUCAUGUGAACAAUUCCAUGAUGUUUAAGGUUUUGUCACAUUGCUUUUAGUAAUGGUGGCUAGACUUCUUAUAGGAGGUCUUGUUACUGAUAACUAUUUCAUAUUUCUCUGCCUUUUGUAAUGAUGAGGUAUCAGAUGAUGUAAUUGAGUUUGUAACAGAACUAUGAUAACUGAAGCUAAAUUUGUUGAGUCAUUACUCAUUUGAAAAAUCUACAGAAGGUUAUUUUUUGGAGUUAGAGCAACACAUUACUUGUACAAAGUUGGCAACUUGGCAUUAUCAUCUAUCCUACCAUUUGAUUAAAUGGUGAACAGGAUCUUUGAGGUAUUUAACAAGUCAAAUGAUCUAUGUUAGACAUCCAGAGGAUACAAUUUUAGUCUAUACAUAGCUGUGGCAUUAGAAAGUGGUACUCUUAGCACCAUCCUUGGACUCUUCAAUAUACAGUAUUUGCUCAGUCUGAAGGUUGUGCAGUGACUUGUUCUUAUUCUUAAUUGAAUCGGUAAAAUUCAUAUCAGAUGCUUACAUUUAUGAUAUGGUGACCUUUUGCAUCUUUGUUAUACUGUGAAUCAAACAAUUAGGUGUACAUAUCUUAGCAUUUUAAUGUAAUUAUGAAAAAGCGAGACCAACCAAUCUGUCCACUAUCAUUGUUUGGUUGGGAGUAGCUUUAUGGUGAAAAUAUUUGGUAUUUACAAUUCAAAUUUAUUAUGUAUGGCUACUAUCUGUAGUAUUCUAAAGCAGAGUAUUUAUUAUAGUCUGAAUCGAUUAUAAAGCAGAGUAGCAAGUAUAAUCCGUGCCCCUUUAAAGUUCCUGAAUAUCAUAUUUACAUUGUAAAGUUACAAAUGUGAACAUGUCGUGUAUCUUCUUGAGAUAGAGUCUCUGUAUAAACCCUUUAGAAAUUCUCUGUAAUUUCCUACGUUUGGAAAGGAAAGCAAGGGGAUUUUUUUUUUCCUCUCUUCUGUUUGUUUUGAUUUCUUCAUUUCUGAAAGAGUAUGACAAGGAAUAAUUAUCUGCUUCAGUUGGAUAUGCAUGUAUUAUUGUGGACAAGCUUUUGAUUGGUACUUUCUCUUGUCUCUCGAUGACAGAAUAUUCUACAUGUUUAUCUGUUCAUACUCUUCUUUAGCCUAUUUCUUAAGUGAAAUGCAACUUUUCAAUCUUUCUUCUAUUAUCAUUUUGAAUUUUAUAAAUUUAAGUCAUUCUUAAGUCCCUCUAUCAUCCUUGACUUUUUUUAAAUUUAUAAUUUUUCCCUUUAUCAAGAACUAUGGUGGAAUUGGUAAUUGUCCAAGUUCUGUAAGAAGACUAAUAUAAGUGUCAGGUGUUUUUUGUCUUCCGUUGACUGAUUACUGAUAAAAUAUAUGUUUUCUUUUUGUUGUCAAUUCUGUCAUUUGCUCCUGUUGCUUAUAUCUUCUAGUGGUUCAGCAUUUUACAGUUGGCAUUUGGGAGUCCUCUUUUCAUCAUAUUUAUUUUGAUAUGCAAAAUGCAAUUCCUUAUAGGCUUGCAGAAUUUUCUUAAUGUUUUUUCACUUGUAUCUUGUGAUUAAUUCACAGUUUACUUUGCCUUGGUCUUUGGAAGUAUGGCUGAUACACAAUUGAUUCCUUGAAUACAUAAGAAUAUGUAGGUAUAAUUAUACUAUGUUUUUGCUACAUAUUUUUAUAUUAACAGUACUCUUCUGGUAGGUGAGAGUCACAGUCGAUGUUGUCAUAUUGAAGUGACAGGUUUUUUUACCUUGUUUAAAGGGCACUGGAGUUUGGACAGGAUUAAAAAAAAUUAUUUGCAACUUUGUAUCUUUAAUUUUUUCUAUCAUCUUUAGUUCCACAUCAAUAUGGAGAUGCCAGUUGAUAGUUGGAAACAUGCAACCUAUAAGUGUCUGGGGCAAGAGCAAAUCAGUGUCUUAUUAACAUUUACAUGUUAUAUGCUCUUAGUUUCUGGUAGUACUAAUCCAAGUGCAAUGUGUUUUUCAUAUAUGUGAUAGCAUCCAUAUGUGUGAAAUAACAUCAUCAAUUUAGAAAGGAGUUGAAAAUGCAAAUAAUAAGCAAGGAAAAAGGGACUAACAUGCACAAUUUUGUGUUUUAUCAAUUACAUGCAUUUAUUACCUUCUGUUGCAUCAUGUAUUCUUAUUAAUUCAUCAUGCAGAAAACAUAUAUUUGUCUUUGUGCAAGAUGUAUUUUUCACUCUUUAGAGGCAACUUCUGUAAGUGGCUGAUGUUUGUGACAAAUAUAUUAUAUUACUGUUAUUAUAAUUCCCUGGCCAAGGCAUUUUUAAGAAUAUGGGAUAUAUAAUUUGAAUCAUAGAUUUAUUAUUCUUGGUGUUCCAUUCUCAAAUUAUUGGAAAAAAAUGCAGUUUCAUAUUAAGAUAAUAAGUAAUCAUCAAAUAAUCAGAUUUAUUCCUGAUUUUCCAAGAAAUGGGGUCCCUUUUCUGGCUUAUAGUGCCAUGAUAGGGGAAUUCUAAAGAAACUAAAAUAGUUGCAGAAUGUUUUUUUCUCACAUUGGCUGGGACUAAUGAACUUCAGGGGUUCGUUUUUGAAACUCUUUUUACAUAUAUACAUAUAUUCAGGUGGCUGCUUUGCACAUAAUUGAACAGAUACUUGUGAUGGCACUAAGGUUAGUUUGGAACUUUAAUGAGGUUGUGCUGAAACAAAAUUAAGCAUAGUUUAGAGACUUUAGACAUCCAGAAGGAAUUCAACGAAGAUAUGGUGUUGCUUGGCACUGAAUUUCACUGAACACAUUUGUCCAAUCAAUAACAACGAAUUAGAGAUCCUGAUUUUGGCAUUCUGGUAGAUGCAGAAACAUUUCCUACUUAAUUGACUUAUAUCAACAAAUAAACAAGACAAAGGAGGAUGCAUCUGAUCACAAGGGGAUACAUAGUUGCUGUUGGGAUGUUCUGCAAUAUCUAGGCAUUGCCAACAUUAGUUGGCAAAAAAAGUUAUGUUUGAUUAUUCCGUGUUAGACAUCUUCCAAGACACUAUACACAGAUAUAUGUAGCAGUAACCAUUUGUUAUUUGUAAGUGAUAUCUUUUACCUUUUUUUUCUUCUCUUUGGACAGCAUUGCACGUUCUAUGUUUUAUUGAUUAAUCACGUAUUGGAUUGUUGUUGGCCUCUUAUGGAGCUCAAGGACAUUUCAGCCUGCCAGAGAAACUUAAAGUGGCUAGUUUGCUGCAUUUUCGUGAAAAUUUUCUAGGACUGUCUAUAAUCCAUACUUGAAGAUUGAUCAAAGUAUCUAGUUGAAUCUGUAUGUGUUCUCAUAUAUUUACAUCUGUUAGGCUUUGUUUAAGUUGCAAAAAAAGGGGCAACUUAGCUCUUUGAGAAAUUAGAGGUUUUCUUCUUGGCCUUCAGUUCUAUUAUUUGUCAUCUAGAUGCAAAGUGAGAUAUCACAGUAGUAUCAAGGUUUGUGGUCUCUGCUGUUAUGUCACUUUACCAAGAUUCUGUCCUAUUCUGUUGUAAUGAGUUAAUCAACACAGCAUUCAGCAUACGUAAUUGGAAUAGUUAAUAUAGUAAAAAAUUCAGUAUCUCCCUUUCUCAUAAAAUAACUAAAAUCUUAUGUAGAAUAUGGAAUUCAAAUAAAAUAUAUAUUGAAUAAGAGGUGCCUUUUCUGUUUAUACAGUUAAAUAAGUUUGAAAGUAUAUAAGGUUGUGCCACACCAGUGGCAGCUGAAUCAAGGAAUCAGACUUUUUAUUGUGCCCUUUCGUACCUUACAAUUGUUAGAGAUGUAGUUAUUUUUCUGAUAGAAGUUGCUUAAGAUGCUUAACUGUAUAGUAUGUAAUAAGUUCAGUAGAUGUAUUGUUGAUCUUUAUUAUGGUAAAUUAGUUCUACAAAUUUGGAUCUCACCUAAGCUUACCAUUUGAGGAUCUUGUUCUGUGAACACUUCUAACCAAGACUAGCUUUUUCCCUUGGUUGUAGUCAUUAUUCACUUAUAGAGAGCAGGAAAGGUGCCAGGUGGGUGGGCAGCACAAGAAUUAGGGCACUGGGAUUUCAUUCUACUUGUGAUUUGACGCAAACAGCUAGUAUGGAUCAUAGGCACUUAACUAGUCAAACUCAAAUGUCUGAAUUGGAUGACGAGCGAAUUUGGAACCAUCCACAGCAAGAUGGUCUAUUGAACUUGGGAAAUGGCUCAUUUGUGUUUCCAGCUAACAAUGUGGCCUCCAAUGGGGUUAACCCUGUGACUUAUUUCAACCCUACUUUGAGGGCAAAUGGCAUCCAAUCAACAAGUUUUAGUUCUGAGGUUCCGAGAUAUGCAACAACUGUUACAGGAACGUCUCGUGAUCCUUGUAUGCAUCUUCCAUCAGGUGGAAGCACAAGUCAACCUACACACCAUUCUGUUCAUCACGGAUCUUCCUAUAACCAGCAUACAUUGAGGGAAGGGGGUAGCAUUGGCAAUCCAUUAAUGGACCAUGAAAGAGCAACCUAUAAAAGGAAAAACCCAGGAAGCUCCAUGCCUCCUGACAGAGGAAACAGGAAUGGAUAUUAUAGUGCUGGAAGUUCUUCUCAGUGCUGGCACCCGUAUCAUGUCAGCUUUGUCCACAGUCACAGGAAUGACAAUGCAUCAAGUUCUCAGGAAGGAUCUCAAAGGAAUGUCAGAAGUCGACGUGGUAAUGCCAUUCACCUAGAAGACAUCUCACCUUGGAUCAGUUCAAGUAGCAAUGGCUCUCAUCAUAAUAAUUCAAAUGCAAAUACUCUGGGCGCUCACAUGGUGGGACACUGGAGCCAUACUCCUGUAUCUAUGCAACCUAAUGCGAGGGUUUCUUCUUCAGAGAUAGGCUCCUUCAAUCAUGGUAUAAACCAGUCUUAUGUAACAAGUCAUGCCACUAAUAAUAACUUGGAGACUGAUGGAUUAUAUAGAUCCAAUCUUACACCUUUUCCAACUCCUGGUCCUUCUGCAAGAGGCCUGGCAGUUGGUCCAAGUGGCUAUGGUCAAAGAACAGCAUACAGAGCCAAUCCGAGCUACCCAUCCAUGGGUUUGGCACCUACUCCUGAAGAUGUCGGGCUGCCGAGGAUGGAACCUGCUGUGCCCCCGAGGUAUUCCACACCAGUUUCUAUAGCACGACAGAGUAAUGAGAGGAGUGGAAGAAGGAAUCGGUACAACCGAUUCCAAUCAUUCCCAAAUGAGGAAAAUGCCCGUGUUAGACAGAUGGAGGGUGUAGCAAUGAUGGGUAGACAGAUGGAGGGUGUAGCAAUGAUGGGUCACCCGACCUUGUACGAUCCCAUGCACAUGUUUGAUCAGCACCAUGGCAUGAGACUAGACAUAGAUAACAUGAGUUAUGAGGAACUGCUUGCUUUGGAGGAGAGGAUAGGCGAUGUCAGCACUGGUUUAUCUGAAGACGCCAUCAGAACAAGCUUGUCUGAGACAAUAUACUGCAUGUCCGAUCGAUUUCAAGAUGGCCAGGAUGAGGAUCGCUGUGCGAUAUGCCUGGAAGCAUACGAAGAUAGAGAUCCUCUUGGGCAGCUGAGCUGCAAGCAUACGUUCCACUCCAGCUGCAUAACGAAAUGGCUAUCGAUCAAGAACGUCUGCCCGAUCUGCAAAGCCUCAGCCUUGGAAGAUACACCGAAAGGGGAAUGAACAGCUGCUAAGUGUCUUCCAGUCAUUCUUCAAAUUUGUAAAUAUAUUUUCUGCGAAGCAUUCAUUAUGUCUAAAUGGGUGCCUGCAAAGUCAAAAGAAACUUCUUCUGGUGAAUUGCCAGUGAAGCUUUAGUUUCUAUAAUUAUCGAAAUUUAAUGAUCAGUAUUCUGCAA